AUGGAGCAGUUCGAGUCGUUGCUAACUUGUGCAAUAUGUUUGGACCGGUACAGAAACCCGAAAUUGCUGCCAUGUCAACACUCCUUUUGCCUCGACCCCUGCCUGGAGGGCCUCAUCGACUACGUCAGAAGACAGGUCAACAAUCCCAUUCUCGUGAAAUGCCCAGAAUGCAGGGGAGAGCAUCGGAUCCCGUAUCAAGGGAUUCAGGCCUUCCCGACCAACGUCACCCUUCAGAGGUUCUUGGAGCUCCACGUGGAGAUCACGGGGGAACUGCCAGACCCGACGACUGGCAUGACUAUGGAAAGGUGCGGGGUGUGCUCGGAGAAGGCCUACUGCACGGUCUGCGGCCACUGUGACAAGAAGGUGUGCGAAUGCUGCAAGGCUGCUCACGUGGACAUCCUCAAGCGGGAGAUCCAACGCAUCAACAAUCAGGUGAAAAGGGGGUUUCAUCGACUCCAAGAAGCAAUCGUUCAGGUCGAGAAGAACACCAAGCUUCUGCAGAACAAUUGCAAGCACGUGACUGAGGAGAUCACAGACCUUCACACAAGGCUACAGAAGGCCCUUAAGGACAAGGCCGAAGCCCUCAAGAUGGAGGUCGAGAACUACUCGGUGAAGGAGACGAAGAACCUGAUGACGAUCAAAGAGAACCUGGAGCAGGAGAUAUCCAACAUCGAGAGCAAUUCCGAGCUGGCUGAAAAACACAUGACGGGGGAAGGCGUGGACUGGGACGACCUGGAACUCCUGGACACGAAGGAAACAUUCCUGCGAACGGUGGAAUUCCUCCGCAACUUCGACCUGGAGACUUCGGACUACAGCAAGCGCGUCCGUCUCGUUCUUCACCAGGACCCGACGCAACUCCAGCUCGGACUGAGCAACGUGGGGGAGAUCAACAUCCAUUCGACGAUGCCGUCUCAAGUGGUGUCUUUGGCGGUGCCGGGUGUGAUGAGAUCGAAGAGCGAUCAUCGACUGGCGGCGCAGUUCCGCGAAGACCGCAACAAUCUCUACCCGUCCGACAGUGAUCUCUCCGGUCUUUCCCCUCUUUCCCAGCGGCGUUACCUGAGGAAGGAGGAGUCGGAUGAAGGAGAUCAGCCUCGUUCGACGAGGUCUCGUUAUCGCUCUCGCUUCUUGAGGAGCGAGCAGCACGAUGACUCGGACGGAGAGCCUUCGGCAGCGCGAAGCGUCCGAUUCUUGGAAAAGGAGAACGGACACCAAAGGGAAAGGGUCCUAGACACCGAAGAUGCGACCCGAGGUCCGUUGAGUGGGGUCACCCGACUCCUGGAUUCCCCUCGAGUCCUCAAGAGGCUCGUCGAAGGGGAAGCAAAGGAAAAAAAAGCCAAAGAUAAGCCUCCCCCUUCUCCUUCCCCGGCCGCCCCCACCCCCCAAACCCAGCAAAAACAGGCGAAACCGGCGGAGCCAAGAAGAACUGCGCGUCAAGUGAGCGAAGAGGACGAGAUCACGAAGCAGAAGAAGAUGAACAAGCGAUGGGAACAAGAGCAGAAUGCCGCAAGCAGCACCACGACAGGUACCACCACCACUGCCACCACCACCACUACCACCACCACCACCACCACGACGGCGACGACCCCCCAGAGCGAGACACCGGCGACUCCAACGAGACCUCCACCGGAACGACUUUCCCAGACCCGCCGUGACGAACCCAUCGGAAGAUCGGCUCCACCUGCAGACGCAACCCCACAACCGCAACCGCAGCAGCAACAGACCGAAGGAAGGAGAACCUCCCAGACCCAAGGCGAAGACCGAGGAACCCGCACGAGCGCGAGCCGAGGAGCGACCCAACCGGACACGACCGUGCCCUGGCGCGUGAACGCCCUCAGGCAGCGAUCCCAACCCGUGAACAGCACCGACAGCGACGAAGAAACCUCCCGCCCGCCUCUCAGCCGACAGACCUCGGCGAAAGCCCGCAAGGCCAGCACCGACAGCACCUCCUCCUCCACCUCCUCCGGGACCGGCUCCUCCCGUACCUCCCCCGUCCACAACACCGGAGCCCCCUUCAGCACCGACGAACUGAGGACCCGCUUCCAGAGACCCGCGACCGAGUCCUCCGUCCCGAAUGCCACACGGAGAAGCAGCCAAGAUGCCCCCCCGACCACUUGCCUGAAAUUGCAAUUGCAUGCAGUUGCCUGGGAUAUUUCCACGGAGCUCGCGUCCGUGGAGGAACGAAGAACGAUGCCCGAAUUUGCGCACCGAUUUGUUCGACUGCCGUCGCUGGCUCGUUUCGCCCCCAUUUUUGCAUGCAAGAAGCCAGACGGCGUCGCACUCGGGGGGAGCUCUACUCCCGCCCUCGCCUCUCGAGGAUCCGGGAGUAGCGAUUCGGACGCGGGCUCCUCGAGCGAAGAAGAAGUAGCCGGAGUUCCUCGCGGUCGUGGCAUCGACCGCACGGACAUCGGUCCCCUCCUGGCCCGCAGCGCCCAGGCCCGAGUGUCCACCUCCGCCGCCGACUCCUCCUCCUCGCCCCUCGCAUCGGGAUACGCGAGGAGUCGCACUUCCGGCAGCCUCUAUCGAAGCGGGGCGUCGGAACCCAGCUCUCGUUAUGCGACGACGACCGCUGGCACCUCUCCCAGCAGGACUCGUCGCUACGGGAGGAUGGAGGCGGAGGAUACCGAUAGCCGGCCCUGGAUGACGGGAAAAUACCGGCGAGGGCGCUACGGCUACGGCGACGACGACGUCGGAACCACUGCCAGCCGCUACCGCAGCAGCAGCCGUCUGUUAAACCGUAGCAAGAGCUCGGCUGUGAUCGGCGGAAUAGACGACGCGGACGACGGAGACGACGAAGGGUUCGUCCGCGACGCAGGGGAGCAACCGCCAGGCCGAUCCCGAACUGCCGUCAUCGGUCGAUCGGGGACAGCCCACAGCCCGAGCUCUGGCCUCGGGGUCAACGACGAUUCCACGCAUGUGCACAAAAAGAAUGGAGAGUCUUCACUCAGCUCUUGGGCCAGGUACCUGAAGAACAAGUACGGCGAGAGGUACAAGGAGAGAAGCAAGGAAUUACUGCAGAAGAGUCGGAGUUCGGGGACGCUGAGCAUCCUGGCGAGGGACGGAAGCCCCGACGGCAGCUCGGAGGACGAAGCCAACAAAGCCUCCUCGCCCACCGCUGCCAAGAACCAGUACCUGCAGAAGCGGAAAGUGCUGUACGCAUUCGGCAGCAGGGGAAGCGGACCCGCCGCCUUCACGUGGCCGCGAGGCGUGGCCGUCACGCCGGAGAACAACAUCGUCGUCGCGGACUCGUCCAACCACCGCGUGCAAGUCUUCACCGAAGCCGGCGGGUUCGUGAAGGAAUUCGGCCAGUAUGGGAAUGCGGAGGGGGAGUUCGACUGCCUGGCGGGGGUCGCUGUCAACCGCAUCGGGCAGUUCAUCAUCUCGGAUCGGUAUAACCAUCGCAUUCAGGUGUUCGAUCCCUCGGGGCGUUUCAUGCGAUGCUUCGGGAGCCAUGGGUCGUCCGAUGGGAAAUUCAAUUAUCCCUGGGGCGUGACCACGGAUGCCCUGGGCUUCGUCUACGUCUGCGAUAAGGAGAAUCAUAGAAUCCAGGUGUUCCAAUCGGACGGGACGUUCGUGGGGAAAUUCGGGUCUCUGGGGAAAGCCCCGGGAGAGUUGGACAACCCGCAUUACAUCGCCGUCUCGUCGACGAACCGGGUGAUCGUCUCGGACUCGAACAACCACCGGGUGCAGAUCUUCGAUAUCAACGGGAGGGUCCUCACCGUGUUCGGCGAGGAAGGAUCCGGGGAGUCCCAGUUCAAGUUCCCCAGGGGAGUUGCCGUGGACGAGCAGGGCUAUAUCUUCGUCGCUGACUCUGGCAACAACCGGAUUCAAAUCUUCACAUCUGACGGCGUUUUCCUGCGCAGCUUCGGAGCGUGGGGCAGCGGCGAGGGCGAGUUCAAAGCCCUCGAGGGCGUCGCGGUCAUGACCAACACCAAAAUCGUCGUCUGCGAUCGGGAAAACCAUCGCGUCCAAGUCUUUUGACUCUUCCGAUUUCUCACUUAUAGCUCACUAGGAUAUUCUCAUUAUUCUCAUCGCUUUCUUCCUUUCUUCUUUCUCCCUUUCUCGUGCGUUUCUUCCCCUCUAAUAAAUGUUAUUAUGCGGU